UGAGGCAUGCUUACUACUUUUGCCAGUGUUUUUGUUUGCCCGAGUAGCUUGUUAGCCUUCUUAGCAGGCAACAGUGUUUUGGCCUGUCGAACAGCGACUGAGGAAGCAGGAGCCACUAGCUCAGCAGCGGAACAUCGCUGCCCGCAAGUUUUGUGAAUUGUGCAAACCAAAGUUGUUAUUCGUCCUUUAAUAGAGCCCGUAACAACCGCCGAGUGCUGCGUGUAAGCACGAGUGUCUCCUGCUUACGACAAGUUGUGUCAUUUAAUACUGCGGUGUCAGAGAUGCUCAAUAUUUGCUGCAACCUGGCUAACUAGCCUCACGAAGGCCGUGAAUAUUUGUAAAUGGAAUCUUAGUGUACGUAACGCUUCUGGUGAUAGCUUUCAAAAUAAAGCACUUGUAGAGCAACAUACUACUGGAAAUUGACCUCCUGUCGACUUCAAACUCUUAUGUAAGAUGAAUGCUGAGGACAAGUUGGAUGGCAUGCUGCUCAAAUGCAGCAGUGGAGGGAUAGAUGGUGGAGGGAGAGUGGGCCUCACAGCUGGAGGUGGUCUGGUGGUGAUGACUCUGGGCGAACGAUCACUGGUUAACCAGCCUCUUUUGGCGGAGGAUGACGACGAGGAAGACGACGAUGACGACUUGACCGGUAGCUCGUUGGUCACUCAUGACCUGGUUCCUCCGGAGCAGCUGAUGAUGCAGGAGGACACAAGAAAGAAUGGUGGAGGGGAAGAAGAGGCUGCAGGCGAAGUGGGAGUGCAUAUUCCCCUGAAACUCAACAAUAAGUUGCCCUGCCUGCUUCAUGUGCCACUGACCAUCAAGCAGGAGCUAAAGCUGCCUGAGCCAACAGUCCUAAUGAAGAAGGACAAAAAAACAGCAAAGGAAAUGAUCAUGUGUCCAAAAAAGAAGAAAAGGAAACAGCGCUCACCAGCAAAGGUGCAAAUUCUUAGCAUUAACGACGACGGAUCAAUGGGAAUACAGAACCCCAAGUGUCACGUCUGUGUUCAUUGUAACGCUGCCUUCAGAACCAACUAUCACCUGCAGAGGCAUGUCUUCAUUCACACUGGAGAGAAGCCGUUUCAGUGCAGUCAGUGUGACAUGCGCUUCAUUCAGAAAUAUCUUCUCCAGCGACAUGAAAAAAUACACACAGGUGAAAAGCCCUUCCGUUGUGAUGAGUGUGGAAUGAGAUUCAUCCAGAAAUAUCACAUGGAGAGACACAAGAGAACUCACAGUGGAGAGAAACCGUAUCAGUGUGACUACUGUCACCAGUACUUCUCAAGAACAGACCGGGUCUUAAAGCACAGGCGAAUGUGUCACGAGAACAGAGAGAGGAAGACCAACAAAGCUGCUGCGAAAGUGGGAGCCCUGCGUGAAGCAGACUGUUCCGCUCUGUCCUUGUCUGCCAAAGAUUGUUCACUUCCCAAGAAGAAACGCCAGAAGUGUGUAGACAAGGGUUCGGCCUCCUCCUCCUCCACCGCUGCCCACUCUGAAGAGCACGCUGUCUCCAAUGAGGCGACGGGGGAGAAGGUAGAGCAGAGACAGAACAAGAUCGAAGGUCUACCUCUUUUCAUCGUGUCCUCCAAAGUCAAACACGAGUAUGUGAUCACAGACUACUCUGUGGACCUGCCUGAAGACACCUCCAGCCCACACCAAGGAGAUGUGUCACCAGGAGAAACAACUCCACCCAAACUGGUCUUGAAAAAGGUCCCUAAGAGGAGUCUGAAACAGUCCAGUGAACCAGCAACUCCUUGUCUGUCCACUCUGUCUUCCUUUGAGGAAAACAAUAAGGUCGCACAUUACACCUUUGAAAUAGUGGACAAGCAAGGGUUGCUCGAAGUAGAGAACAACACUGACCUUGAGUCAGUUGAAACCCUUCAAGGUGGACCAACCAAGCCAGCUGCCAGCAGCACAAACUACGACGAUGCCAUGCAAUUUCUCAAGAAGAAGCGUUACCUUCAUGCCGCAAUGGCAAACAACAGUCGGGAUUAUGGCCUGAACUCGAGCAGCAUCUCUUCUCAACCUUCUGUUACACCAACGGUGGUUUCAACCGUCAUUGACGAAACGGUGCCUGCCACUAUUCUGGAGCCUCAGCAAAUCAACACGGAAAUUAAGGCGAGCCACGAAAAGAACGUGCUGCCAGACGAGGUUCUGCAGACGCUGUUGGAACAUUACUCCAACAAAGCCAACGGGCAGUCAGAUAUUUCCUUCAGCGUGGCUGACACAGAGGUGACCUCAAGCAUUUCCAUCAACUCCACGGAUGUGUCGGACAGCAGCCCCGUGGAGAGUCUUGGAACCUCCAGUGCCCAAGCUGCACCGGCCAAUGAGAAAGUCAGUCUUUUGCAAGAAUAUUCAAAGUUUCUCCAGCAAGCACUGGAGCGAACCAGCCAGAACGAUAGCUACCUGACCAGCCAGAGCCUUAGCUUGGUCUCUGAAAACCCCACUUUGGCCGGGCAGCCCCUGUUCUCCACAGAGAAACAGUUUCCUUCACCCAGCAGGUUCAAAUCAGGGAUGAGCUCUCCACUGAGAUCCUCUUUAGAGAAACCUCAUUUUGGAUUACUGGUCGGGGACUCCCAGCACUCGUUUUCAUUUUCAGGCGACGACACCACCUCACCCUCCGCGGUGUCUCCAGCUGAGGAGGAUUUUCUGGAGCAGGUGUCGUCGCCCUCGAAAAAGACGGACUCCUCACCGGGAAUACUGCAGACUUUCCAAAUAAGCACCUUUGAUCAGAACUUCAAAACUCACUUCCCUCCUUCAAGGUCCGGAUCCUCUUCGCAGUUCACUGUAACCAACGGACAAGUAAGUCUUCAAAGGCAAAGCACAGAUUUUGCAGAAUUCCCCCUAGUGAGAGAGACCAGGUCUCAGCUGAACUCCUCUCCUGACGUUUCAUCCAGUGAAACCUUUGGCUGAAAGAACCUUGAGUUUGGAGAGAAAAAUCAUUUCUGAUAAUAAUUUCAGCUGCACUUUAUCUCGUGUCUCCUCUUUUGCCAAAACAAGUCUCAUUGUAAAUGUGUUCUUUGUUGGAAAACAUAUUCAUGUGUUGUUUUUAAGUUUGGCCUUAAACAAAGUGUAAAAAAAAAAAAGGUAAUCUGUGGGUAAUCAUGAGUUCCCCUUUAAAAGAAGAAGCGGCGUGAAUGAAGCUGAAUGCUCCGGAAUGUACACCGAGAGAUUAGCUUACCAAAACGUGCGAUAAAAUGUGAUGAAGAUCGAAAUAUGUUCUCGCACUUUUGCCACAAAAUUAAUUUCAAGCGUUUUUUUUUUUUCAAAUCUUUUUGCCUUGCUCAAAAGAUGAUCAAAUCACUUUUGCUGCUUAAUGCGAUAUUUCCACAUCCUCAAACAUAAUCCUAGCUCCUGUAUUUAAAACUUAAGGACCUUUUCUUUUUCCCUUCUGUUCAUCAACGCUGGUUGAUGUUGUUCACUGAACAAAAACAAUCACAUGUAGGUCAAGAGUCAUUCUUGCUUCUACAUUUUGUUCAAAUAGCAUCUAAAAUACCCCGGGAUAUGUCCAUGAUCAGAUCUAAACCUCACCCUGAUUAUGAUCCAUACCCAGGUUAAAAUUCAAUUGAAUUCUAUGAUGGAUAAAAUUUGGUAUUUAUUCUAUUAGCUAAAAAUGCUAAACAAGUGUCCCCUGUUAUUGUCCUGUUAUAUAUAGAAUAAUUUAUUUUGGUUGUCAGAGUAGUUGGUGCAAUACAAAAAGACUAGAUUUGAUUGCAUUCUCCGUUGCGUUCCCCUGCCCCGGCAAAAAAAAUGUUGUCCAAAGCUGCAAGCAUGUAAUGACUGCAGGAUAAAUUAUUCAAAGUAAUGUAGUUAAAUCAUGUCAAAGAAUUGUGCUAACAUUGGCACAACGUGCACAUUCUUUUCUACAAGAAGUGUAAAACAUUUUUUUAUACCUUUACUUAAAGAAAAUGUAUAUGUCACAGAUGACACAGAACAAUGAUCGAAGAACGUUGUUUAAUUUCUGUUAUGAAAAAAAAAAAAUAAAACCACAAUUCUUUGUGUGGAACCUUUUCUGACAUCAAUCGUGAAAGUCAAAGUCGUACUGAGACUCUGUUGUGAAACCUAAACGUUUAAUCAUUGGUGUGCUCUUAUUUUUUUCUAUUUUUUCAUAUUUUCAUUCCUUAUAUUCUUUUUUUUAAUAUUCUUAAGAUUAUUACUUUAAAAAAUUGCACAAUAAAAUCAAAUCUAAAAAUGCAUUAACUCUGUAUAAACAUUUUGCGAUCUCGCACCUUUAUCUAAUUUUUCCCGUUAUAUAUGAUCAGUUUCAACAUUAAGCAAUAAGUAAAAGUGAAAAUCUCCAAACUUGUCUGUGGUUGGACGGACACGGCAGGCAGACAAUGUAUAUUUAAUGGUUACGUCUGUCUGUUUUGUUUUGUUUUUUUUUUACAAUAACUGUCAUUUGUUUCUCAUGAGUACAUGUAUGUCUUAGGUGCUACUGUGCUAAUCACUGUUCAUUCAAUCUGUCUCAACAAACUUUAGUUCUCUCUGAGCUCCCGCUUGUUACAUUUUUGCUGACGAUCAGGGACGAAACAGCAUUAUAAAAGAAAAAAGAAAAGCUUUUUUUUAAAAAAAACAAAACAAAACAAUUUCACAUUCCCCUCUAGAACGUAGAGAGAAUGUCCUGCUGUAAAUACAUUGUGUAUUUUCUUUUCUCUUUAAGGUCCACAAAGUACUGUUAGAUCUCAUGUCCACCAACAGACACAAAGGCUCUUGCAAAACACAUUUUUUGGAAGUCACAGUUAAUAGAGUUAAGCUUUCACGUAGGACUUAAAACAAAAGUUCUUUGUCACCGGCUCUGGUUUGUAUAUUUACACAUGUCCACUUAUAUCAAACAAAGCAAUGAUGUGUCUUUUUUUUUCUUUUCUUUUUUUAUUAUUAUUAUUUGAAUUUUACGUUCAGGUGACUUUUCUCAAUGCAUUCAUUGUGCAUUCAGAUUACUUUUACUGUAUAAACCAGUAUUGAUAAGCACCGUGAUAAUCUUCCUUUUAAGGUUUAAGUAGUAUCCUGUACUUAAAACCAGCCCUUGUCUGUCAAUCAUUUCACCUCGUUAGAUGUAAGCAACUUAAAUCUUAAAUGUCAUUUUGAAAUAUAUUUUGGGUGUAAUAUGUUAAAGAAAUACUCUGUGGGUAAAAAAUAAAAAAAAAAUCUUUAAAAUGUCUAUAAAUACCAUUUAAAAGAGAUAAGUAAUUUUUGAGACAUGUAAUCCACCUGCAAUGUUUGUCAAGACUUAAGAAUUGCGUUUUGAAAUUUGAAAAGUUCGGCAUUUUUCCUUGUAAUUAACUGUUGUCAGUAACCUGGCCAUAAGUGUCCUUGUAUAAGCUAAAGGAAAAAUGUUUGUUUUGUGUAAAAAAUAUAUGAAUUUUUGAUAAGAAGAAAAGAACUAUUUUUGAAACAUGUCGUCUAUUGCUACUCUCAUAUAUACUUCAUACACGUUGUUUUUGUCGAGGUGUUUCAGGCUUUUUGACGAACCUGAUGAAAAACUCACUGCUGCUGUGUGAAGUGACGCAGUGAGGUUCAUUUGCAUGGUCUAACUUGUUGGGUCGAGUAAACCUGUUUAUGGAUAAUGUGCAGCUUUAAUUGUAGCCGGUUAAUUUCAGUCAAGUAACCCAUAUAAAUUAGAAAAAUUUUGCAGUAUGGUUUGUAAUCGAUCAGAUUGUGUUCUUUUGAUUGUUGUGUGACAUGUCCUUAUGAAUAAAAAAAUAAUUUACACAA